CGCAGCUCACAAGCCUCAAGCACUACUACUACGCGCAGAUCCAAAGCAUUCGCUUGCCGUCGCCCCCUCUCCUCUCCAAGUCCCAGGCAAGGCUUUCACCGUCGACAAGAACCGGAUGGCUCGCUUCGCCGUCGUCGCCGCCAUCCUCGCCCUCCUCGCCGUCGCCGCCGCCGCGCAGGGCCCCAUGCCGGCGCCCAGGAUGGCCCCGCUGCCGGCCCCUCCGGCGAGGUCCCCGGCCACCGCCCCCGCGCCGGUCGCAACACCUCCAACCGCCGCGUCGCCGUCCCCGAUGGCAUCUCCCCCUGCCCCGACCACCGACGCUCCCUCCUCGAUGACGCCGUCCGCGGUCUCUGCCACACCCACCGGCGCACCCAUCGGCGCCCCCACCGGCACCCCCGCGAGCUCCGCCGUUUACUCAUCGGCCGCCAGCUUCGUCGCAGUCGCCGGAGCGGUCGCCGCCGCCAUCGUGUUCUAGAUGGAUCGACGACUCUGCUCGCUGUUGUGUAUACAGUUUCAUUGUUUCUGAGAUUUCUUCGUUAUAGACGGAGGAAAGAUUACACACGACAUUGCGAUGUAAUCUUGUUACGAGAUUAUUAUGAAUAUAAAAUUCUUUCAUUUGUUACUUUA